AGCAUCUACAAAACCUACUGUUCCCAUAGCAACCACCAUCAGUAUGGACGUUGAUGACCUCUUAGUACGAAAAAGACCUUUAUCGAAUUCAGACACAGAAUCGACUUGUCCAGCUAAGCAGCAAAGAGUUGAGAGUGUGGCGCUACACACAAGUGGGGCCGAUACCACUACAAACACUACAGACAUUAGUGGACAUGCGUCACAGAUUCAUACGAUUCUUCAAAACCGGUUUCUUGGUCCAGCAGGGGUGAUGUAUACAAUGGAGCCUGUUGCUAAGAAAAGUGUUGGUACACCAGCUGGGAAUAAGGGUCUGGCUGUAGACUCCACUGUGAGUACUGGUAAUGAUGCUGUGUCAGUGGAAGUUGAUAUGACAAAUGCAGUACAGGAACAAAACGUCAGUGUAGUGCUACGUACUAAUGCAUACAUGAAAGACAGCAACGGUCAAGCCACGGAGAAUAAGCCGACAGACAGCAGGAGUCAAGCCACGGAGAAUAAACCGACAGACAGUAGGAGUCAAGCCAUGGAUAAUAAGCCGACAGACAGCAACGGUCAUGCUGUGGACAAUAAGCCAAUAGACAGCAGCGGCGUGAUGUCAGGUGAUUGUGAAGGAUGUAGGGAAUCUGUACCCUUCGUGUUUGAGCAUUUUUCGAAAAUCAAAAAUGUACACAGGGUGACGUUUUCUGAUUUAAAGACUGCACCAUAUAAGUGCCCAGACUGUGUAUACGAAACCAGCAUAGAUGUGAUGUUGUUAUCACACCAUUACGCACAGUUCCACGGUGGCUAUAAAUGUCCACAGUGUGAGACUGUGAGUUGCGAUGCAGCCAACCUCAAACUCCACUUAGAUUCUAAGCACCUAGUUAUAUAAAUACAGAAUUGCUCAAACUUAGAUGUAAUAAUUGCCAAGCUUCUUUUUGUUAAAAUAAAUGAAUUACGAGAAUAUGUGAUAUUCGCACAUGAAGGUUUCAGAAGAAAUAUGUAAGAGUAUGCAAGUAUCGUUACAUUAUGGUAUACAUACAUGUAAAUGCAAAACUCAGAAGAGCUGUGAACGCAACUGUUGUGGAUAUAAUGCGAACAAUCAUUUAUGUAUGGCUACACUCCACAGGAACACGAACAAUGAAUCAUAGAAAUGCGAUAAGCGUCAUGAUACACUGGCUGAACACUAUAUAGAUACUCACCACAUGCCAAAGCAGAUUGACCUUGAACCCAGAUGUUUUCUCAAGAUGGUUACGCUACAGAUACUGAAUUGUCAGUAACUUUUUAUUCUAUGAGCUCUCUAAGCAG